GGAACAUGCUGCAGGUGGACUCGGCUUAAAAUCGAGGGUAAAAGCUGCUGAGCUCACAUGGGGAAUAUCUGCAGGAUGAAAAGUCGUUGUCAUGACUCUGAGAGCGACCCUGCUUCCACACCGAGGAUUCAUACUCAAGCAGACCGCUGCUGACACAGUCGACCCAGACAACACACACACUACAGCCCCCUCUGCGGGUCCCGCUGUGAGCCUCAAGAGAGACUCCUGCGACUUCGUCAUAGACAUUACAGACUUACAAGGGGCACAGAUCCCGAGCAAAUACGGCAAAUUAGACCAGAGUUACAUGACAAGUAAGGUCUCCCUCGCCGCCACAGUCACUGAGGUAGUUAAAGGAGACGCUAAAACUGUGGGGGUAUUGUCCCCUGUCAGACCAAUGGGGGGUGAGGGAACCCCGGUGAAAGGUAAACCCCUCUCUGUAGACAACAUGGAUAACCCUCAGAUGGCUUUGAACAAUAACCCUAAAGAUGGCGGCGCCGACGACAGCGCGAAGGGGGUCGUACCCGGAGUCCUGGGAACGGCGUCCAUCGAACUCUCCUCUGAGGGCAAAUGGAGGAACGUUAGGAAGACACCCACCAAUCCCCAGACGCAGGCGAACUGCCUCCGACAGAUUCUCCUGCUGCAACUUGACCUGAUUGAACAGCAGCAACAGCAGCUGCAGUCUAAGGAUAAGGAGAUAGAAGAGCUCAAAGCAGACAAAGAGACAUUGCUUGCACGUAUCGAGCGUAUGGAGCGGCGCCUGCAGCUCACGAAAAAGGACCCGCCUCGUGACAAACGUCUUUUCCAGCCGCUGGAGCCGUGGACGCCGGACAAAGAGGACUUGUGGGAUCUGGACGCGGAGGAGAGUCCGCAGGGAAACCCGUCCACUCAACUCAACUUCAGUCGAGGAGGCAAAGGUCAAAAGAGGAAAUCUUGCUUCGGAGAUGCAAAAGUCCAGAAGUCGCGAGGCAAAAGCUCCAAGCUGAGCCCCAUGAAGUCAGAAACUCAGCCCGGCUCUCCCACUCACCAGAGAGAGCUGCGCAGUAAGGAAACCCCCGAGAAGACUCUGGUGCCUCUGAGGUCGGGGUCCGAAAGAGACCUUUUGCUCCCGUGCAAAGAGGAGCCGGAGCUGAGCUGUCAGAUGGAAGAUCUGCCCUUCAUGUCUACCACAGAGAUGUACCUCUGUUGCUGGAACCAACCUCCUCUGUCCCCUCUGCGUGAGACUUCCCCUAAAAAGGAGGAGGAGGUGGCCAGUGAGUGGACUCCUCAUGUAGUACAUGAUAUGCUGAUUGUUUUUCCAUCAUGGAGAGAAAACUACAUCGAGCCGCUGGAUGAAGACUCGUCCUGCAGCCCUCCGGAGUCGCUGGACGACAACGUGUUUUUGAAGCGUCACAUGAAGCUCGAGUUGGAUGAGAAGAGAAGAAAAAGAUGGGACAUCCAGCGAAUCAGGGAGCAGCGCAUGUUUCAGCGUUUGCAGCAACGAAUGAACAGAAAGAAAGUCAUCCAGGAGACGGAGCCGGAAGUUUCCUCCUUCUAUCCCGACACUGAAGAUGUUGAAACUAUCGUGAUCACUCCCUUCCUGCCCGUGGUCGCGUUCGGACGGCCGUUGCCCAAAAUGUCACAACAGAACUUCGAACUGCCUUGGCUGGACGACCGGAGCCGCUGUCGCAUCGAGGUUCCCAAAAAACACACUCCUCACCGGACCUGCCGGAAGUGAUGACGCAACCACAACCGCCGCCGCUACCAACAACAACAACAACACUGCUCUGUGCACCCAGACUUACACACACACACACACACAACAACAAACACGCUUCAUUUGUCUCGUCUAAGUUGAAAAGGAAAAAAACACAAGAAGAAAUCACCAGUUGCUUUUAUAUAACUGCUGUUGCUUCAGUCUGUGUGUGUGUGGGCAGAAUAUGAGAGGAGGAGGAAGAGGAGGAGGAGGAAGAUGAAGGAUGGGGAUAUAUCAGGAGGUAGCUGCACCACCAUCAGUCUCCUUUACACCUCCGAAAAAAAGAGA